AAUUGUGGAGGAUAAAACAAGUACUUGCAAGACUUAGAUUUAUUAUAUCUCAUAAAUAUAAGCCUCAAGUGGAUUUUGGAAUGAAUUAGCAAUUCCUUAAUUAUGAUUUUAUUCAAAUAACAGCAACAACCAGGACAAUCUGCUAAAUAGUGCCAAUAUUACUUGCCACAAAACCUUUUCCAGUGUUUCAUGAGCUGAUUUUGACGGCAAAUGCAUGCAGAAAUGAUGGAGUGUUUCUGAUAAAAUCAACAAAGCCUGAUGAAGCUGACAAACCAAUCACAGUGACUUCCUUCUCCCUCUCAAACAGGCAAACGGAGACGUUCUGACUUAAGGCAGAAACUAAAUCUUUCAGCAGAGACCCAGCACUUCAUUAGAUCAAGAAAAGCAGCCAGCAGGUACAACACAAUGAAAUAUCAGCUGCUGCUUCUUUCUCUUCUGGCAGUUAGCUUUGAUCAGGCUACAGGAGCAGAUAAUGAGAUAAAAGUUCAGGAGACUGCAGAUGGAAUCAAGCUGACUUGUAAUGGCAAUACUGAGGUUGAAGAAAAGGGCAAGAGUCAGCGAGAAUUUAUGUUGGAUUACCGUGACGAUAAAUCUGGAGAAUACAAGUGUAGUGAAAACUCAAAAAUCUACGUAAAAUUUCGGACGUGCGACAACUGUGUAGAACUUGAUGUCUCCUCUAUUGUGGGCCUGGCAGUAGGAGACGUUGUGGCUACUGUUGUGGUUGGAGUAGCUGUCUAUCUCCUUGCUUCUCAAGCUCGGGCUGGUCAAGUUAAAUCCACCAAGAAAAGGUCUGACAAACAAAAUCUGAUUCAUAAUGAAGUGCCCAGUGCGCCCAGUGACCCCAGCUACCAGCCACUGAAGUACAAGAAAGGAAGAGAUGAAUAUGAUGUACUCAACAGAAAGUAGAAUGGAGGUCUAUGCUAACUCUCGACUUCAAGCAAACUUCUACUGGAGGAAACAUCCAGCACUGCUUCCUGAGUCUCCAUCAGGACAGUGUUUUACGUGUUGUACUGAUGUAAUUUGCUGUGUUUGGCAUUGUCUUUAAAAUGAUUUCUAUUUGUCAUUUAUGAUGCUUUGAACAUGGGUCUCUUUCUGGCCCCUUUGACGAACUCAGUAUGUCAGCUAAUGUAAAAUAUUUAGUUCCAAGUUGAUUUUUGUUACUGAUGAAAAACUUCUUAACCCUCUCCAGACAGGUGCAGAUUUGCAAUAAAUUAUCCAGUCUUUUCAAGUAAUUAGAGCUUGAGAGGGUUAAGUUACAUUCAUGUUUCAAAAAUAAAAAAGUUGGUGAAUAGUAACAUUUGAAAUUAGGUAAAUAUUUCUUGCUGGUCAAAUAAAGUGUACUAUUAUUGCUUUGUUUUAAACAUACUUCAGUUGUUUAUUAUUAGACUGCAAGUUUUAAACAGGCUUAUUUAAAUUACAUUAUCUAUUCUUGUUUUAUUGCUUGUUUUAUAAUGCUUUGUCUUUUCAUUUUGGUUUCCUCAUGAAAGAUCAACAAAAAUAAUAAAUGAUUGUGGAAGGAAAAUUACAAAUAAAAAAAUGUGUAUUUGUUUUCAGCCUUGUUGAGUCCGUACUUUGUAAAAUUAUCUUAUCCUGGGGUUUUAGCUGCAAGUGUAUUUUGGUAUGUCUCCACCAGCCAGAAACUAAAUCAUUUGCUCAAGUUUUGUCAGAUUCGAUAUGAACCACCUGUGGAUUUUAGCACUGACCUUUAUUUACUUCUAUCCUUCUUUAUAUAAACUCUGAGCUGCUUUAAGGGCCACAACCAUGUUUCAUUGUAGGGAUGGUCAGGGUGAUGUGCAGGAUUAGUUUUCUGUAAAACUUUGUGUUUUGCAUGUGGAACACAAAGUUCAGUUUUGACCUUGUCAUCAGGGGGAUUUUCUUUUCCAUUUUCCAUAACAGUUCCUGUGAUAGAUGACAGUUCUUACAUAUUUGUAUAGAUCAUUGUAGCUUUUUCAAUUAAUGCUAUUCUCUCACUGCUUAUCAGUUUAGGUGGUUUGUCAUGUUGUGGAAGGUUUACUGACGGGCUGAAAUCAUCCAGUUCUUGUAUGAUGGACUGAAAAUAUUCUUAAAAUUGUCAAAGCUUUUUUUUUUUUUAAUUGAGACUUUUCCAAAACAUUAUCCCUGAUCCGUCUGCUUCCAAAUCCCCCUCACCCCAUCCCCCAAUAAGGACAUUUUUUUCAUUGUAAAUUGAAGAAACAAACUGCAAAUUGUUGAAUCUAUUCCUUUUAUCUACAUAUAUGGUGUAUUAAACCAUAUAGUGUUUCAAACUAUGAACAUUUUGGUGUUGUUUUUCUUAA